AUGAGGCUGCGUGGUCGCGGGCCGAGUGCCCGCGCUGGGCCCGGCGAGGCGCGGCCGCUGGCGCCCCCGGGGCGGAACCCCUUCGUGCACGAGCUGCGGCUGAGCGCCCUGCAGAAGGCCCAGGUGGCUUUCAUGACACUGACCCUCUUCCCCAUCCGGCUCCUGUUCGCUGCCUUCAUGAUGCUGCUGGCCUGGCCCUUCGCACUCGUGGCCUCUCUGGGACCUGCCGACAAGGAGCCUGAGCAGCCCCUGGCCCUGUGGCGGAAGGUCGUGGACUUUCUGCUGAAGGCCAUCAUGCGUACCAUGUGGUUUGCCGGCGGCUUCCACCGAGUGGCCGUGAAGGGGCGCCAGGCCCUGCCCGCAGAGGCUGCCAUCCUCACCCUGGCACCACACUCUUCCUACUUCGAUGCCAUCCCCGUCACCAUGACCAUGUCCUCCAUUGUGAUGAAGGCCGAGAGCAGAGACAUCCCGAUCUGGGGAACUCUGAUAAGGUAUAUCCGGCCCGUGUUCGUGUCCCGGUCGGACCAGGACUCUCGCCGGAAGACAGUAGAGGAGAUCAAGCGACGGGCCCAGUCGGACGGGAAGUGGCCUCAGAUAAUGAUUUUUCCGGAAGGAACCUGCACUAAUAGAACCUGCCUCAUCACUUUCAAACCUGGUGCGUUCAUCCCCGGGGUUCCCGUGCAGCCCGUGGUGCUGCGGUAUGCCAACAAGAUGGACACCAUCACGUGGACGUGGCAAGGACCCGGAGCGUUGAAAAUUCUGUGGCUCACACUGUGCCAGUUUCAGAACCACCUGGAAAUCGAGUUCCUGCCCGUGUACAGCCCCUCUGAAGAGGAGAAGAAGAACCCAGCCCUCUAUGCCAGCAAUGUGCGGCACGUCAUGGCCAAGGCCCUGGGAGUGUCAGUCACUGACUACACAUUUGAGGACUGCCAGCUGGCUCUGGCAGAAGGACAGCUCCGCCUGCCCACUGACACCUGCCUUCUGGAGUUCGCCAGACUCGUGCGGGGCCUUGGGCUGAAACCAGAGAAGCUUGAGAAAGACCUGGACAGAUACUCCGAGAGCGCUAGGAUGAAGAGAGGGGAGAAGAUUGGGCUCUCAGAGUUCGCCGCGUACUUGGAGGUUCCGGUCUCCGACACACUGGAAGACAUGUUCUCCCUGUUUGACGAGAGUGGUGGUGGCAAGAUCGACCUACGAGAGUAUGUGGUCGCCUUGUCUGUGGUGUGCAGGCCGUCCCAGACCCUGGAGACCAUCCAGCUGGCAUUCAGGACGUACGGGUCACCUGAGGACGGCAGCAUAGAUGAGAAAGACCUGUCCUGCAUCCUGAAGACCGCCCUAGGGGUCGCAGACCUUACUGUGACUGACCUGUUCCAGGCCAUCGACCAGGAGGAGAGGGGCAGGAUCACAUUUGCUGACUUCCGUGGCUUUGCAGCAAUGUACCCCAACUUCGCGGAAGACUACCUGUACCCAAACCAGACACAUUUCGACAGCUGUGCUCGGACCCCACCGGCGCCCACCCCCAAUGGCUUCUGUACUGACUUCAGCCCUGAAAACUUGGGCUUUGGGAGGAAGAACUUAUGUAAGAAACUGGACUAGGACGGAAAGUUCUGGAGGGAUGAGGCCCCUCCCUCAUCGCCGCCUGCCUCGACUUCAGCCCCUGUUUGCGAGGCGCGAGGCUGUCCGCCUCCCCUGUCCUCUCAGGCUGUGGGCCGUUCUCAGGCCCGGGGGCUCCAAGAGACCUGGGCGUUUCGAUUGUCCCUUUGUGAAGAGUCUGCCCCAGAGCCUGGCAGCGUGUGAGCAAGCCCGGCACUGAGCGUUUGGAGGGGAGAUGCGGCUUGUGUGCCGCCCCGUCCCUGGCUGGCAGGGAUGUCCAGGCCUCCCUGUGGGGCAGGACUCCACAGGCUGGGUGGGCAGCAGGCUGGUCUUGAGUAUCUGUCAGUCUGUGUAGCAGUCACGUGUUGCGUCUGUCCACGGGCGAGCGCAGGGCAUCCCGCACGCACCUGUGACAACGGCGGCCUCCUCUCCGUCCCGGCGCCUCCGUGCCAUCUCUGGGCUCACGUCGUCCGGGUUUUAGACACCUGUUUUUGCAAGAGCUCCUGGAUAUUUUAUAAACUUCACUUAGGUACUUUGGAAAACAGUCAACUUUUUUUUUUUUUUUUUUAAAGGAGAAAAUCAGUUUUCUACUUCAUUUUCCAUGUUAGCAUCAGAGGAUAUUUAUUUACAGGUCUGUUUUUAAUAGACUCUCUGAGACUGCCUGGGCUGGGAGCGGAGUCAUCGGCCUCCUCCCAUUUGGGCCUGUGGGGAGUUUGGCCACAAGGACCCAUUCCCCAAGAUCCUUUUCUGCUGCCCUUAAGCCUUUCUAAGGCCCCAUCUUUUUUUUUAAUUAAUGUUGCCAGUUUGGUAUUUCAGUUUUACUAUGACAAGAUCUACUUCAUUGUAACUCCUUUCGAGCAUCGAAUGUGGGUAAAACAAGUCAGGCAAAGAGAACAAACUGGAAUGUGCCCACUUAUCUUCAUGCUGAAUAGACUAACUGGGGCCCGAAGAUGCAGCCCGGAGCUGACCUGCCGCCGCCUCUGCGCUCCGGUUUCCAUGGUAGCCUAGGCUGCACAGCCGCACCCCCCCCCCCAUUGUUGACUUUAGGGGAGAAGAGAUGAAUCCAGGCCUUCUGCUGUGGAGGGAGACAGCAUGGCACGGGAGGGGGAGGCCCUGGGACACACAGAACACCUUGCUGUGCCCAGCCCCUCUCUGGGCCAGGAAGAAAUAAGGAGUGGGUUCUGGGCUGCCACCUUUGACGUCACCUGAUUACAGCAUUCUUUUUUGGGGGGACGGUGAACUAGCCCAUCUUUCAAGCACAAGAGCCGACCAUAGAUUUUAUUCGUCUCCAGGGCUCUCUGGCAUUUUCUUUUGUACUCCUAAGCAAAAUUAGAUUUUACAUUCCGUGCAUUGCAACAGAAAAUGACCACAGAGCCAGUAAGUACAGAUACGCGUGUUUACUAACUUCCUCGGAGACUUCAUGGCAUGCUCUCCCCAAGAGACGUGCAAAAAGAAACCCCCUCAACCUGGGGUCACCCGGGGAGCAGCAGCAGUGGAGAGUGGCCAGGGCUCCUGGCUGGCUGGACGUUGGAGCGGCGUAGCUAGCGGGUGGGUUUUGUAACUAGAGUGCACGUGUCCGGUUUUUUUUGGAAGAGGAAACUGACCGACGGCAAUGAGGGAGGUUCACGGACUAAGAUAUUCCAAGGGCAGGCAGCAGUCCCCGCAGGUCUGCAGAUGAAGGGCUCCUGAGGGUGCCCCUGGUCAUGCUCAGAGGAGAUCCCUGACAGGCAGACUUGGAGUGGAUGUUCGUUCCUCCUGAUUCCUUUUCUCUUGCUAGUGACCUCAGUCCGCUGUGUCAGAACUGUGAAUGUAUAUAUAUAGCAGGCAUUGCCCGCCCAACUGCGGGAGCCCUGUGAGGCAUGGUCCUGGGAUGCCACCCAAAGAAGAACUUUGGGUUUUCAGUGGAAUAAAGACACAACAUAAAAUCUUAA